AUGGAAGGUACAGACUUUUCAGAAUGGUUGGAGCUAAAUAUUGGUAAGAGCUUUGUUGUUUUAUUAAAUGAGUUUGUAAAUAAUGGUAGGAUUUCUCCAAUUCAAAGUGCAAAAAUGAUAGAAAAUUAUAUAGAAUCAUGUUCUGAAGUUUUAAACAGACAUGUAAAAUCUGGUCGCAAGCUUAAAUGCGAGGGAACCAUUAGCUACUAUAACUGUAUUGAAGGAAAGUGGGAUUUAGUUAUUAAAGAUUUAGUUAUAUUCGGAAAAUCUUUAGGAAGAGUAAAGAGCAAAUAUGUGAAAGUUUCAGGUAAAGAAGUUAAAGAUAUAAUAAGAAUUGGAGGUAAAAAACGGUAG